GGCAACGGCCUGCCCCGCCGCCUGUGGGCGCCGCCGAGGGAGCUGCGGCUGAACGCGCGCCUACUCGCGGCAGUGCGGUAGAGCCGGCGGCGGCGGCGGCGGGCAUGGAGCGGGGGGCGCGGCGGCGGCCGGGCGCUGCGGCGGCGGCGGGGCUGGGGGCGGCCCUGCGGCGCUGCCCGGCGCGGCCGCUGCCCGAGGCCGCCCUCUGCUUCCUGGCAGCGUGGAGGAGCCUCUGGCAGCGCGGCGCGGCGCCGCCGCCGCUCCCCGGCGGGCGCAGCAGGAUCCCGGGGAUCAGGCCCCUCUCCGUGUCUGCUGCUGUCAGAGCCUUCCUAGGAGUGGGCAGGUGGGGAGAUGACGGUGGGAGGCAGAAGCUCACCCUGCAGAACGUGGCAGAGCUAAUUCGGAAGGAGGAGUGUCGCCGAGUAGUGGUGAUGGCUGGCGCUGGGAUUAGCACCCCCAGCGGCAUCCCCGAUUUUAGGUCCCCGGGGAGCGGCCUCUACAGUAACCUUGAGCAGUACAACAUCCCUUACCCAGAAGCCAUCUUCGAACUGAACUAUUUCUUUCUCAACCCUAAGCCCUUCUUCGCUUUGGCCAAGGAGCUCUACCCUGGCAAUUACAGGCCCAACUACGCCCACUAUUUCCUGAGGCUCCUGCAUGACAAAGGACUUCUCCUGCGUCUCUAUACCCAGAACAUUGACGGGCUGGAGAGAGUUGCUGGGAUCCCUCCUGAUAAACUGGUGGAAGCCCACGGCACCUUUGCCACUGCCACUUGUACCGUCUGUCGAAGGACAUUCCCAGGAGAGGACUUCAGGGGGGACGUCAUGGCGGACAAGGUCCCUCGCUGUCGUGUCUGCACGGGAAUCGUCAAGCCUGACAUUGUGUUCUUUGGCGAGGAGCUCCCGCACCGCUUCUUCCUGCACGUGACCGACUUCCCCAUGGCAGACCUGCUUUUCGUCAUUGGAACCUCCCUGGAGGUGGAGCCCUUUGCCAGCCUGGCGGGUGCCGUUCGCAGCUCCGUUCCCCGCGUCCUGAUCAACCGGGAUCUCGUAGGACCGUUCGCCUGGCAGCAACGUUACAAUGACGUAGCCCAGCUGGGGGAUGUGAUCAGUGGGGUCAAGAAGCUGGUGGAGCUACUGGACUGGAAUGAAGAGAUGCAAACACUAAUGCAGAAGGAAAAAGAAAAGCUGGAUGCGAAAGACAAAUAGGACAGCUGGCUUCCUGCUGCUGGAAAACGAUGUUCACCUUCAAAAAGAGAUGUUGUCAUGCCCAGCAUGGGCAGAGAAGAGAAAUCGCAGCAGGGAGCCACCAAGAGGCUCUGCAGCAGCAAAUGUACAUAGACUUGGCAGUCGGGGAGGAAGGGAUGCUCGUGGCCGAAUCCAGCCACCCUGGAAGUACAGCAAAAAGGCCUUCACCCAUGAAGGUAACGGAGACUGAAUGCCAAGCUGCAAACUGGUUCUGAUAUUUUGGAACAGUUUAUAUGGUCAUUGCACCCUGUUCCCUCCUAGUCUUACCUCAUCCCAGCACCCCUUAGGAGGGACCUCCCUCUUUUCUUCACAGCUCUGGCUUUGUCGCCCAGUCGGGGCACCAUUUGAAGAUGCUGUCGUCCAACUGUGACCUGUUCACCAUUAAGGGCGGCCAGGAGCUCACCAGCUGUCCCGCAGAACUCACGCAACACAUUGGGUGAGAUCUGCAUAUGCAGCUUGCACUUUGGGUCUCCCUCUUUCUGAGCCCUCCAGCCUGAUUUUCAAAGCCCAGGUGUUGAAAAAGCUACAGAGGUCAGGCCUUAGGGUAGGCCAGAAGAGAAGCAGCCAAAAUCACUUCCAAAGUCUGGAGUUUUCAAGCUGCCUCCACCAGACUGAGCAUCUACCAACUCCUUUUACGGCUCGUCCACAGAGUGAUUUUUUUCAAUAGUCAAGAUCUUUCUGUUGCUGCAGACAUGUAGUGUUUAUUCUUUGGAUGAAAUCUGUGUUAAUCAGGAGACAAAUGCUAUCAAUGUGCCUGUUCCCCCCCUCCUUCCAGCUGAGCAAGGCCAGCUCCAGCUGCUGGAAGCUCUGACUAGAACAGUUCUGAAUCAAUGUGGAGUUAAUUAUUUAAUAAUAAAAAGAGUGCCAAUUCUUU